CUGUUUUCUGAUAUAUGUUGGGUACCAUAGAGUGAAUCUCAGAGCAGGAAGCGGAGGCAUAAGCGCAGCAGAUUCUGGAAAGGUCUCUUUGUUUUCUUGUCCACAGAGAAAGCAAGAAAAAAUUGUAAUUAAUUUGCAAAUCCCUGUGGCCAAAAUCUGAAGAACUGCAGAGCAAAGCACAUUAUAUUCUAACCAUCUUGGAUGCUGGGCUUUGUUAUGCUGUGAUUCCUAAGGCUGUGUAUCAGAUCAUGGAGCAAGAAAGCUGAAGCCAAGCCACAUUACGAUUUAUUCUGCAAUGAGAUACUUGUCAAGGAUUCAUGGCAGAGUGGCUUACUGGAAAAGGACCACAGAACCUCUUCUAGGGAUAUUAUAAGAAUAGAUGAACUAAUCCCAGAAGGGGCCUGGAGCUUUUCUGAAAAAAGGUGCUGUGACUAUCAAAGAUAAUUCUUAUGCAAGAAGCUAAACGUAAUUAAAUGUGCAGGAUGAAAAGAUGGCACAGGCACUGCUGGUACCCCCAGGACCUGAAAGCUUCCGCCUUUUUACUAGAGAAUCUCUUGCUGCUAUCGAAAAACGUGCUGCAGAAGAGAAAGCCAAGAAACCCAAAAAAGAACAAGAUGAUGAUGAGAACAAACCAAAGCCAAACAGUGACUUGGAAGCUGGAAAGAACCUUCCAUUUAUUUAUGGAGACAUUCCUCCAGAGAUGGUGUCAGAGCCCUUGGAGGACCUGGACCCCUACUAUAUCAACAAAAAAACUUUUAUAGUAUUGAAUAAAGGGAAGGCGAUUUUCCGAUUCAGUGCCACCUCUGCCUUGUAUAUUUUAACUCCAUUAAACCCUGUUAGGAAAAUUGCUAUUAAGAUUUUAGUACACUCUUUAUUCAGCAUGCUUAUAAUGUGCACUAUUUUGACCAACUGCGUAUUUAUGACCUUGAGUAACCCUCCAGAUUGGACAAAGAAUGUCGAAUAUACGUUUACUGGAAUUUAUACCUUUGAGUCACUAAUAAAAAUCUUAGCAAGAGGAUUUUGCUUAGAAGAUUUUACAUUCCUUCGUGAUCCAUGGAACUGGCUGGAUUUCAGUGUCAUUGUGAUGGCAUACGUGACAGAGUUUGUGGACCUGGGCAAUGUCUCAGCGUUGAGAACAUUCAGAGUUCUCCGAGCACUGAAAACUAUUUCAGUCAUUCCAGGUUUAAAGACCAUUGUGGGGGCGCUGAUCCAGUCCGUGAAGAAGCUCUCUGAUGUCAUGAUCCUGACUGUGUUCUGUCUGAGCGUAUUUGCUUUAAUUGGGCUGCAGCUGUUCAUGGGCAACCUGCGGAAUAAAUGUUUGCAAUGGCCCCCAAGCAAUUCUGCUUUUGAAACCAACACCACUACCUAUUUUAAUGGCACAAUGGAUUCAAAUGGGACAUUUAUUAAUGUAACAAUGAGCACAUUUAAUUGGAAGGAUUACAUCGGAGAUGACAGUCACUUUUAUGUUUUGGAUGGACAAAAAGAUCCUUUACUGUGUGGAAAUGGCUCAGAUGCUGGCCAUUGUCCAGAAGGAUACAUCUGUGUGAAGGCUGGUCGAAAUCCCAACUACGGCUACACUAGCUUCGACACCUUUAGCUGGGCUUUUUUAUCUCUGUUUCGACUCAUGACUCAAGACUACUGGGAGAAUCUUUACCAAUUGACAUUACGUGCUGCUGGGAAAACCUACAUGAUAUUCUUUGUCCUAGUCAUUUUUUUGGGUUCUUUUUAUCUGGUGAAUUUGAUCCUGGCUGUGGUGGCCAUGGCCUAUGAGGAACAAAAUCAGGCCACGUUGGAAGAGGCUGAACAGAAAGAGGCAGAGUUUCAGCAGAUGCUCGAACAGCUUAAAAAGCAGCAGGAAGAAGCCCAGGCAGUUGCAGCCGCAUCUGCUGCUUCAAGAGAUUUCAGUGGGAUAGGUGGGUUAGGAGAGCUCUUGGAAAGUUCUUCAGAAGCAUCAAAGUUAAGCUCCAAAAGUGCCAAGGAGUGGAGGAACCGCAGGAAGAAAAGAAGACAGAGGGACCAUUCUGAAGGACACAACAGAGGAGAGGCAGACAGGUUUCCCAAGUCAGAAUCAGAAGACAGCGUCAAAAGGAGAAGCUUCCUUUUUUCCAUGGAUGGAAACCGACUGAGCAGUGACAAGAAGUUCUGCUCCCCUCAUCAGUCUCUGUUGAGCAUCCGCGGAUCCCUAUUCUCCCCAAGACGCAAUAGCAAAACGAGCGUUUUCAGCUUCAGAGGACGGACCAAGGAUGUGGGAUCUGAGAAUGACUUUGCUGAUGAUGAGCACAGCACCUUUGAAGACAGCGAGAGCAGGAGAGACUCACUGUUUGUGCCGCCCAGACAUGGAGAGCGACGCAACAGUAACGUUAGUCAGGCCAGUAUGUCAUCCAGGAUGGUGCCAGGGCUUCCAGCAGAUGGGAAGAUGCACAGCACUGUGGAUUGCAAUGGUGUGGUUUCCUUGGGCACCACCACGGAAACAGAAGUAAGAAAACGAAGGCUAAGUUCUUACCAGAUUUCAAUGGAAAUGCUGGAGGAUUCCUCCGGAAGGCAAAGAGCCAUGAGCAUAGCCAGCAUCCUGACCAACACAAUGGAGGAACUUGAAGAAUCUAGACAGAAAUGCCCACCAUGCUGGUAUAGAUUUGCCAAUGUGUUUUUAAUCUGGGAUUGCUGUGAGGCUUGGUUAAAAGUAAAGCAUCUCGUGAAUUUAAUUGUUAUGGAUCCAUUUGUUGAUCUUGCCAUCACUAUUUGUAUUGUCUUAAAUACUCUCUUUAUGGCCAUGGAACACUACCCUAUGACUGAUCAAUUCAGUAGUGUGUUGACAGUAGGGAACCUGGUCUUCACUGGGAUCUUCACUGCAGAAAUGGUUCUCAAGAUUAUUGCUAUGGAUCCUUAUUAUUAUUUCCAAGAGGGCUGGAAUAUCUUCGAUGGAAUUAUUGUCAGCCUGAGUUUAAUGGAACUUGGUCUAGCAAAUGUGGAGGGAUUAUCUGUACUACGAUCGUUCAGACUGCUCCGAGUCUUCAAGUUGGCAAAAUCCUGGCCCACGCUGAACAUGCUGAUAAAGAUCAUCGGCAAUUCCGUGGGGGCCCUGGGUAACCUCACCUUGGUGUUGGCCAUCAUCGUCUUCAUCUUCGCCGUGGUCGGCAUGCAGCUCUUUGGGAAGAGCUACAAAGAAUGCGUCUGCAAGAUCAAUGAGGACUGCACGCUCCCACGCUGGCACAUGAAUGACUUCUUCCACUCCUUCCUGAUCGUGUUCCGCGUGCUGUGCGGAGAGUGGAUCGAGACCAUGUGGGACUGCAUGGAGGUCGCCGGCCAAACCAUGUGCCUUAUUGUUUUCAUGUUGGUCAUGGUCAUUGGAAACCUUGUGGUUCUAAAUCUCUUUCUGGCCUUAUUGUUGAGUUCAUUUAGCUCAGACAACCUUGCUGCUACUGAUGAUGACAAUGAAAUGAACAAUCUCCAGAUUGCUAUAGGAAGAAUGCAAAAAGGAAUCGAUUUUGUGAAGAAUAAGAUACGGGAGUGUUUCCAAAAAGCCUUUUUUAGAAAGCCCAAAGUUAUAGAAAUUCAUGAAGGCAAUAAAAUAGACAGCUGCAUGUCCAAUAACACUGCAAUUGAGAUAAGCAAAGAGCUUAAUUACCUGAAAGAUGGGAAUGGAACCACCAGUGGUGUGGGUACUGGAAGCAGUGUUGAAAAGUAUGUAAUUGAUGAAAAUGAUUAUAUGUCAUUCAUCAACAACCCCAGCCUAACUGUAACAGUGCCAAUUGCCGUUGGAGAGUCUGACUUUGAAAACUUAAAUACUGAAGAGUUCAGCAGUGAGUCAGAACUAGAAGAAAGCAAAGAGAAAUUAAAUGCAACUAGCUCUUCUGAAGGAAGCACAGUCGAUGUUGCUCCACCCCGGGAAGGGGAGCAAGCUGAAACUGAACCUGAGGAAGACCUUAAACCAGAAGCGUGCUUCACCGAAGGUUGUAUUAAAAAGUUCCCCUUUUGUCAAGUAAGUACAGAGGAAGGCAAAGGAAAAAUCUGGUGGAAUCUUCGGAAAACCUGCUACAGCAUUGUUGAGCACAACUGGUUUGAGACUUUCAUUGUCUUCAUGAUACUUCUCAGCAGUGGUGCUCUGGCUUUUGAAGAUAUAUACAUUGAGCAGAGGAAGACAAUCAAAACCAUGUUAGAAUAUGCUGACAAGGUCUUCACUUAUAUAUUCAUUUUGGAAAUGCUUCUCAAAUGGGUGGCUUAUGGAUUUCAAACAUAUUUCACUAAUGCCUGGUGCUGGCUAGAUUUCUUGAUUGUUGAUGUUUCUUUGGUUAGCUUGGUAGCCAAUGCUCUUGGCUACUCAGAACUUGGUGCCAUCAAAUCCCUACGGACACUACGAGCUUUAAGACCCUUAAGAGCCUUAUCCCGGUUUGAAGGCAUGAGGGUGGUUGUGAAUGCCCUAGUAGGAGCAAUUCCCUCCAUCAUGAAUGUGCUUCUGGUUUGUCUCAUCUUCUGGCUGAUCUUCAGCAUCAUGGGUGUGAAUCUCUUUGCUGGCAAGUUCUACCACUGUGUUAACAUGACAACUGGUAAUAUGUUUGAAGUUAGUGAAGUCAACAAUUUCAGUGAUUGCCAGGCCCUUGGCAAGCAAGCUCGGUGGAAAAAUGUUAAAGUAAACUUCGAUAAUGUUGGUGCUGGCUAUCUUGCAUUGCUUCAAGUGGCCACAUUUAAAGGCUGGAUGGAUAUUAUGUAUGCAGCAGUUGAUUCACGUGAUGUUAAACUUCAGCCUGUAUAUGAAAAAAAUCUAUAUAUGUACUUAUACUUUGUCAUCUUUAUCAUCUUUGGAUCAUUCUUCACUCUAAAUCUAUUCAUUGGAGUCAUUAUAGAUAACUUCAACCAGCAGAAAAAGAAGUUUGGAGGUCAAGACAUUUUUAUGACAGAGGAACAGAAAAAAUAUUACAAUGCGAUGAAGAAACUUGGAUCCAAGAAACCUCAGAAACCUAUACCUCGGCCUUCAAAUAAAUUCCAAGGAAUGGUCUUUGAUUUUGUAACCAGACAAGUCUUUGAUAUCAGCAUCAUGAUCCUUAUCUGCCUCAACAUGGUCACCAUGAUGGUAGAAACAGAUGACCAGAGCAAAUAUAUGACCCUAGUUUUGUCCCGGAUCAACCUCGUGUUCAUUGUCCUGUUCACUGGAGAGUUUGUGCUGAAACUCAUCUCACUCAGAUACUACUACUUUACAAUAGGCUGGAACAUCUUUGACUUUGUGGUGGUCAUCCUCUCUAUUGUGGGAAUGUUUCUUGCUGAGAUGAUAGAGAAGUAUUUCGUGUCCCCUACCCUGUUCCGAGUGAUCCGUCUGGCCAGGAUAGGCAGAAUCCUUCGCCUGAUCAAAGGAGCCAAGGGGAUCCGCACGCUGCUCUUUGCUUUGAUGAUGUCCCUUCCUGCCUUGUUUAACAUCGGCCUCCUGCUCUUCCUGGUCAUGUUCAUCUACGCCAUCUUUGGAAUGUCCAACUUUGCCUAUGUUAAAAAGGAAGCUGGAAUUGAUGACAUGUUCAACUUUGAGACCUUUGGCAACAGCAUGAUCUGCCUGUUCCAAAUUACCACCUCUGCCGGCUGGGACGGACUGCUUGCUCCCAUUCUCAACAGUGCACCACCAGACUGCGACCCUGAUGCAAUCCACCCUGGAAGCUCAGUGAAGGGUGACUGUGGGAACCCAUCUGUUGGGAUUUUCUUUUUUGUCAGCUACAUCAUCAUUUCCUUCCUGGUGGUGGUGAACAUGUACAUCGCUGUCAUCCUUGAGAACUUCAGUGUUGCCACUGAAGAAAGUGCAGAGCCUCUGAGUGAGGAUGACUUCGAGAUGUUCUAUGAGGUGUGGGAGAAGUUUGACCCUGAUGCAACUCAGUUCAUAGAAUUUUGCAAGCUGUCUGAUUUUGCAGCUGCCCUAGAUCCUCCUCUUCUCAUAGCAAAACCAAACAAAGUCCAGCUCAUUGCCAUGGACCUACCCAUGGUCAGCGGAGAUCGGAUCCACUGCCUGGACAUCUUAUUUGCUUUUACAAAGCGGGUUUUGGGUGAGAGUGGAGAGAUGGAUGCCCUGCGAAUACAAAUGGAAGACCGAUUCAUGGCAUCAAAUCCUUCCAAAGUCUCCUAUGAGCCCAUUACAACCACUUUGAAACGCAAACAGGAGGAGGUGUCUGCUGCUAUCAUUCAGCGUAAUUUCAGAUGUUAUCUUUUGAAGCAAAGGUUAAAAAACAUAUCAAGUAAAUAUGACAAAGAGACAAUCAAAGGAAGGAUUGACUUACCUAUCAAAGAUGAUAUGGUUAUUGACAAGUUAAAUGGGAAUUCUACCCCAGAAAAAACAGAUGGCAGUUCCUCUACCACCUCUCCUCCUUCUUAUGAUAGUGUAACAAAACCAGACAAGGAAAAGUUUGAAAAAGACAAGCCAGAAAAAGAAAGCAAAGGAAAAGAGGUCAGAGAAAAUCAAAAGUAAAAAGAAGCAAAGAAAGAUCUUUGUAAUCAAUUGUUUACAGCCUAUGAAGGUAAAUGUGUCAUCUGGACUCCCAGAGGAGACCCAUGCCAAACUGACUGUUUCAACAAAUACUCAUGGUCAGUGCCUAUACCAGACAGUGACCUCUCUGUCACUGCAACUCUGUGAAACAGGGUAUGAACACUGACAAGAGGUUGCUGCUCUCAUUACCAGCUGACACUGCUGAGGAGAACUUAAUGACUACCUAGACUAUAAGAAUAGUUGUGCUAAGUGAUCAUUGUAACUACACCAAACACCUUUAGUACAAUACUCCCAUCCACCCUAUUUUUAACUUCCAUAUCUGCCAUAUUUUUACAAAAUUUCUUCUAGUGAAUUUCUCUGAUCCCUAAUUCAUAGGUUAUUCAUAUUACUGCGCCACUAUUUUUGUAAUGAAGAUUAUGUUAUGGGAAAAGUAUAUUAGAUCCCAGUAUUCCUACUCCAUAAAUCUCUAAAAUAAUCUGACAAAAAUAUUAUGCCAGAGAGACGAAAUUCAUGCACAAAAUCAGAAAAAUUCUAACAUUAACAAUUUCAAAUACUUCCAUUUUCUAAAUGGCUUUAAUUUUAAAAGUGUUUAGUCUAUUAUGUUUGUUUAUAUCUGAACAGUUAUGUGCCUGUAAAGUCUCCUCUAAUAUUUAAAGGAUUAUUUUUAUGCAAAGUAUUCUGUUUCAGCAAAUGCAAAGUUUAUUCUAAGUUCCAAAGCUCUAUAUUUAAUUUUGGUUAAAUGCUUUCCAAAAAAAUAAUCUAAUAAAUCUGUUCUAGAAAAGUAUAUCUAAAGUUAUCAAUUUAGAAUAGUUGUUCCACAUUCUGCUACAGUAUUGCUUUGCCAUUUUCUGCUCUCAGCAAAGCUGAAAGUUUAUGUCAAUUAAAUACCCUCUGUUAUGUAAAUAAUUACUUUAUUCUGUGGUGCAUGUUUGGACAAAUUAUAUAUAUAUAUAUAUAUAUAUAUAUAUAUACACAUAUAUAUUAUUUGUCCUAGUAACAACUUCAAUUAAAUCAAAUAUGUACCACAGUGUAUAUGUCUUUUGCGAGCUUCCAGCAGGGAUGUAUCCUGUAUCAUUCUUAUACAUAAAUAGUUUGAAGGCUAUCACUAAUGCAUGUUAAUAUUGCCUAUGCUGCUAUAUUUUAUUCAAUCCAUUCUUCACAAGUCUUUGUUAGAAGUAACAUAUUGGUGGUAGAAUGAAUUCAACCAACUUUAUGUCUGUGUGUCCAUCAGAAUAGUUUGAAGUUCUUUAAAAACACCUUUACUUCUGCAUUUUAAAUUCAACUUGAGGACCAUAUGGUGUCUUUCUUGAUUUCAAGGAAAUACACCAUGUACAGACUACUAUCAAAACCUUUACUUCAUAUUUUGCUAAAAAUAUGUCCAAACCUUGUUAAAAUAUAAAUAGUGUAAAGAUAUGAUCAAUUUUAUUUGUCAGCAUUUUGUACAUAAGAAAAUUAUUUUCAGGUUGAUGACAUGGCAAUUUAUUUUACUUUAUGUUUUUGCUUAUUUUUAAUCACAAUUCCAAACUUUUGAAUCCAUAAGAAUUUUCAACAGAUAAUUUCCUAAAAUAAAAUUUAGACAAUGGGUUUUGUGGAUUUCUUUGUUAUAAUAUAUUUUCUAGCAUUCUAAUAGGAAAUACAUUGGUUAAAGACUCAAACUUAAACCAUUUUGUAUCAACAAUAGUUGCCUCAAAAUAACCUGUCAUUCAUAGAAGUUUGUUUUUUUUUAACUCAACUUUUGUAGCAUUUGCAUAUGCAAACUAGGCUUAUUUUUUUAACUCCUGCUGCACUAAAGCUAUUAAAAAUAUGACAUGGACUUUGUCCUUUUUAGCCAUGAACAAAGUAGCAAAGUUGUGCAAUUACCUAACAUGACACAAAUUUUUGUUUUUUCACACAAACCAAAAGUUUAAUGUUAAUUCCUAUUAUAAACUAUUUAUUGUAGUGUAUUGAUGAUCUGCAUGCAGGGAAUUGCUAUUACUAAAAGGAAUGGUGAGCUACUUCAUUAUUGAGCCAAAAGAAUAAAUAUUUCAUUUUUAUUGUAUUUCAUUUGCUGGCCUCUGACUUUUUAUUGUUGGAAAUUUAACAAAUAUAAUUGAUGAAACAUACUUGAUCUUAUGUUUGUGUACAUAAAAGUUCACAUGAUCUAGCAAGAAGUUGCUCAGAAUAAAGACUAAUUAAAAGAAGUGUUUGUGAACUUUAAUGUGUGCAAAAGAUCAAGACCAUAUGCUCCAUCUUUCAUGUUUGAUUAUAAUAGUAGUAGCCUCUUACAGUGGCUGCCAAUUUUAAUUAAUUGUUUGGCUAUAAGCAUUCUAAUCCCAACUCCUCUCAAUUAGUCAAUGGCAUCUCUUAAUUUCCUGGUCACUAACAAAGGUUGCAUUCUUAUUAUAUAAAUGUGCUGUAUGAACUCUUAUUUACACAUAAGGUAUUAAUAAUACAAGGAUUAAAAACAUAUGCUGUUUUAAUUUUAUGCCAGGUCAAAAUCAAAUUUUAUUGUCAACAAAGUCAUAAUGCAUAUUUUUAGGUUUACUUGGAUCUAAAUAUGUAUUUCAUAAUUUCACCAAAAUACGUUGUAUGAAGUGACUAAUUGAAAUUAAUUGGUUUCUUUAUGCUCAAAUCAAUUUAUGGGUCUCAUUGACAACACAGAAACCAAUAAUGCUUUGCAAAACUUUUAGCCUUUUUAUGCAUGUUAUUAUAUAAUCAUCAAUCAAGCAACCUAUUAGUAUGCAUUAUAUCUAAAUCAUCAUCUUUCAAAAUAGAAUAGACUUUAGUAGAAAACAUAGAAUAAUUUUUAAAUAUACUGCUUUAGCUAAAGACUGUUACUCAGAAUAUAGUUACUGAUAUAAUUUGCUAGAUUUUUAAAAUAACUUCUUCCAUGAAAAAAUUUUUUCUAUUAAUACACUUCAUAAUAGAAUUCUGACUUGAAGAACAAAAGAUAGAGACAAUUAAGUUUGCCAUAUAAAUAACAAUGCUAUAAAUUAAAGAAUCUGAAUUUCACCAAUAAGUGAAAUUAAGUGGUUGUUCUUUAGUUUCAAAAAAUUGUGCAAAAACAAAGCUGGAUAUUGUUGGUUUCAAAUAUUGUAGCCAAAAGACAAUAGCUAUAUAAAUGUAUGCAUCUUAAUUUUCAAGUAGUUAGGACUCUGUAAAGUAACAUGAGAACCAUUUUGUGCAUUUCAAACCACUUAGUACCAAUUAUACGUAGAUAGUGUUGACCAUUUUUAUGUAAAUGUAAAAAGGUUGAGUCAAGAAUCCUGAAACUUAGCUUUUCAGUUUCAUUUUUUUUUCUCAUCAAAUUAUCCUUGUAAUUUAGGAAAAUAAAAUUCUUGUCCGCCUUAGAUUCCUCCUCCAUUAUUGGGAAUGUUGUUUGUUGUAUGUCUUUAGUAUAUGUUCAAAAUCAAAUUGCCUAUUCAAAGUGAGCAAUUUUUGCUAUAACAACAAUAUUUAAUGAGAAAAAUGUGUACCAUAGAUGUGUUUUAAAGCAUAACUCAGAAAAUAUUUAACAGAUAGACAUAACUUUUGGUCUGGCUUUAACACCAUUAGAGAAAAUCUUCUUAUCCUCAAAUAUUUUAUAACCACAGAACUGAAGGACACUUCAAAUGAUUGAAAUGAUGGCUAUUUUAUCCAUGUUGUUAUGGAUCUAUAAAAGGCAAUACCUGAUAUAUAAUAAAGUAUCUCAAACCCA